AUAUUGCUUGAUUCACUUCCAAAAGAGAAGUAUCUGUAGAAGUGAUAAAAAUGGCGAAGUGGGAUUUAACCUCUAAGAUUGGUCCUUACCUUGACCGGCAUCUGGUCUUCCCUCUUCUAGAGUUCUUAACUGUGAAAGGAUUUUACGAUGAGACUGAUUUGCUCCGUGGAAAGCUUGACUUACUUACCAACACUAGUAUGGUGGACUUUGCCACUGACGUCCACAAGAGCCUGUAUCCCGACAAGGAGGUUCCAGCCUCGCUCAAGGACAAGAGACUCCAGGUCGUGGAGAACUUUAAGAAGCUGCAGAGUGAAACCGAACCCAUCCUCAAGAUAUUCGAGGAUCCUGAGGUUACUCGCCAGAUUCAGCAGUCUCGAGACUCGAAACAGCUUCUUGAUUUUCUAGUCAAGGGAUACAACUUCAAACUGGAGACUAUUGAUACUCUCUACAAGUUUGCUAAGGUUCAGUAUGAGUGCGGAAAUUACUCCGGAGCAAGUGAAUACUUGUAUUUCCAUCGUAUUCUCGUCCAGUCCACCGACGUGAACUAUCUCAACGGUAUGUGGGGUAAGCUUGCCUCUGAGAUCCUCAUGCAGAACUGGGACACUGCCCUUGAGGAUUUCAACCGUCUCCGACAGUUUAUCGACGAGAGCGUGUUCGGUUCCGCCCUGCAGACCCUGCAGCAGAGAACCUGGCUCAUCCACUGGUCUCUCUUCGUCUUCUUCAACCACCCUAAGGGCAGGGAGCUGAUUAUUGACCUGUUCUUGUACCAGAAGCAGUAUCUGAACGCUAUCCAGACCACUUGUCCCUGGAUGCUCAGAUAUCUAUCAACUGCUGUCAUCACAAACAAAUCCUCAAGGAGGAAUGUGAUGAAGGAUUUGAUCAAGGUGAUCCAGGAGGAGUCCUACACCUACCAGGACCCCAUCACAUCCUUCAUCGAGGAUCUGUACGUCAACUUUGAUUUCGACGGAGCCCAGCGUAAGCUGAGGGACUGUGAGACGGUUCUGAUGAAUGAUUUCUUCCUGGUGGCCUGCCUGGACGACUUCAUCGAGAACUCGAGGAUGAUGAUCUUCGAGACCUUCUGCAGGAUCCAUCAGUGCAUCAGCAUUAGUAUGUUGGCGGACAAGCUGAGCAUGAGCCCUGAGGAGGCGGAGAAGUGGAUUGUGAACCUUAUCAGGAACGCAAAGCUUGAUGCCAAGAUCGACUCUAAGCAGGGAACGGUUGUGAUGGGGAUCGACACAAACUCUCCCUACCAGCAGUUAAUCGAAAAGACCAAGGCGCUCUCAUUCAGAUCCCAGAUGCUCCAGAUGAACAUUGAGAAGAAAAAGAAGGCCCAAGAUGCUCCCAACUGGGGUGCCGCAGAUUUCUAGAUUUUCUGUUUUCGCGGAUUUCUCAAGUUUGAUCAAUGUUUCGUCAGGAAGGGGUUCAAUCCAAGGGUAGAGGAAUAAACUUGUUAAGGGCCCCCGGGACAAGAACAUAGGUUUCUUAUCUCGGGGGCCCUAUGGAUAUUCGGCGUAAUACUUUUAUAAUUCUUAACUGAUAUAAACGCUCGACUUUCUACAACAUAUUUCAGA